AUGAGUCAGGUAAACUGGGAAUGGGAAGCGCUUGUCACUUAUUUCAUCGAUCGUCUGGAACGAUACGAAAGCUCCUUCAGCAUGUUUGACGAUGAAAAGCUGACUAGAACAAGAGAGCUUACCGGUGCAGUUUCGUGCUUGAGGGAGUUUAGAGACACCCUUUCAGGCACCAUCAGGGCCUGGGAUAACUUUGAGUCGAACUACAUACGUCUUUUUGAAGCACCCAGACUUCCCAAGCUGCACAGUUUGUUUCAGGGGUAUAUCGUGGAGACUCGUGUGUCCAUUUUUCAACUCAAAGAUCUCCACGCCUUGAUGUCCCAGAAGCUCGACAAAUUCAACAGCAUGCGAGAUGGGCUCGUCAAUGCUUCUGCACUCAAAGAGAGCUCUGAGGCCACCCGCCAGGGGAACAAUAUCGGCAUCCUGACCAGAAUGACAGUGCGUAGCAAUGAUGCCGGCUACUAA